ACAUGGCCACAUGUGAUGGAUUUUGGUCACUUGGUCUUUCUCCUCUGUGGCAUACAGGUUGUGCGGAUGGUGAUCAGGCACCAUGAGGAACAGAAGCAGAAAGAAGAACGAGCCAAACGUGAUGAGCAAGCCAAGUUGCGCCGCAUUGCUUCUUCCAUUGCCAAAGAGGUCAAGCAGUUCUGGAGCAACGUUGAGAAGGUUGUGCAAUUCAAGCAGCAGUCACGUCUGGAGGAAAAACGGAAAAAAGCACUGGAUCUGCAGCUGGAUUUUAUAGUGGGCCAGACAGAGAAAUAUUCCGACUUGCUAACUCAAAGCCUCAAUGAGACUCUUCCAGUUCCCAGCAAGACCAGUGGCUCCCAUGCUGGCUCUACUGCUUCUAGUCCACCUCCCCCUGCUCAGCUCAUGGAAGAUGAAGAUGGGGAUUUCCAACCCCAUGAAGAGUCAGAUGACGAGGAGACAAUUGAAGUUGAGGAACAACAGGAAGGGAAUGAUUCAGAAACACAGCUGCGGGAGAUUGAGCUGCUAAAGCAGGAAAGUGAACUGCCCUUAGAGGAGCUACUCCAGACAUUGCCACCCCAAAUCUUAGAAAAUUCCUUCAGUGAAUCUCCUUGUGCUUCCAGCUCUGACAAUGAUGAUGAAGAAGAAGAGGGUGAGAGUGAAGAGGAAGCUGAGCAUGAGGAAAGUCAGACCUCUGAGACACUAAAGCAGGAAAAACCCAAACCUGUCACUCAGAGGAAUAAGAAACCUUGGAAACCUGAUGAAGAAGAUGAGGAGUUUACGGCCAAUGAAGAAGAAGCUGAAGAUGAAGAAGAAACAAUAGAUGCUGAAGAAAAGCUGGAAGGAAAUGUUGAUCACAGCGAAGAAUUGGAUGAUCUGGCUAAGGAAGGUGAACUGCCCAUGGAGGAUUUGCUUCAGAAAUAUGCUGGUGCUUAUGCUUCAGACUUUGAAGUGGAAGCAUCAGACACUUCAUCGGAGGCACUGGAGCCUACUACUUCAGAGUAUGAGGAAGAAUCAGAGGAGGAGAACAGCACUAGUCACUCAGAUUCCACAGAAGAGAUAGAAGAAAGUGAGCAAGAGGAAAGUGAAGUAGAGGAUGCCCUUGAGGAGGAAAGGAGGGAAACUUCAGUAAUCCAGGAGGAAGAUUUUGGCGUUGAGUACCUGUUGAAGCAGGAUGAUGAUAAUGGUGGUGAUGGAGACAAUGAUUCAGCUCCAGCCCCAGGGCCCAAAAAAGAAAUCACAGACAUUGCAGCAGCAGCUGAGAGCCUGCAGCCAAAAG